UAGUAUGUUCUUUUUAAUGAAUAAUUCAUUAUUUGUUCAAGUCAUUACCAUAUUUCAGUUUUUUGAAUUGUACGCCGUUUGGAUCACAGCCUUUAUAAUUUACUUGCACUGCCUACUUGAAGUGUCAACGGAAACAACUGGUUGCGCAACCUAACCUAAAUAAUGUCUUAACGUUCAGUUCAUUGUCAGGUGACAUCGUAAUGUUUUUUGAAAUAAGUUGAAAAUAAAUAAGUGUUAAAACAUUAUCACGUGCUUUUCCUUUGAAAAAUAAUGUUGUUUUGUCUACUGGGUGUGGCUGAAAAAAGUUUUAAUUUCUAUAGAUAUGCGUAGAAAGUUAGCGAAAAAUCAGUGAAGUGUGCUCUGUUUAUCUGUUCUGUAAAUUUGUUUUUGUUUACCAUCAUGAACUUUUAAAACUGAUAACCUAGCUAUCAAAUUAGCUAACUUGGGUAAAUUUGACAUUAACAACAAAACAAAAUGCCGACGAAGAAAACUAAAAAAUCUGAGGAGCAGAGGCUGUUGAAAGAGAGCAACCAGCCGUUACCGGUAAUAGUGGUAGUGCCAACCGAACAGUCGCAAAACUCCCCGACAGGCGCCGGGCAGGUUGGCAGCAGUGCAAUGGACAAAGUGCCUCAGUUGGCGCUCAGUCGUCGCAACUCGAUUUCGCUGCCCAACGUCAUGAUGGAGCCGCCGGAAUAUGAGCCACAGUUGACGCCCGAGCGGCAACGUAGCGAUGUCGGCGGUGGGGGUGGCUACGACACAAGCGACACGUUCAGCGACUGUGUCGUGUCGACGACAACCGACGACGAAGAGGAUGACGAUGAGGAGGAGAGGGGUAGGAGGGGCCGCGGAGGAGGAGGAGGAGGAUUGGCUGAGGAGGGACAGAGGAGGAGCAGUGCCGCCAAGGUGCCGGUCCGGAAUGCGAGGAAAAAAUCAGUAAUGCCAAUGGUGCAUAGGGGGGCACAAGGCGACUCCCAGGAAACUAUUGAAAUACCAGACCAUUCUCCCGGCAACUCAAUCACCAGUAUCAACUCCAUAUCGAGUCUACUCAAGGAGAAGCUGGUAAUGUCAUUUCCUCGAGUUCUCAAGAAGCGACGCAAACCGAAGGAAUACAAAUUACAGAGUUUUGUCGCUAUGCUCUUCCUCUCAAUAUCAUUCCUAGUGGGUUUUGCCCAUGUUUUUUAUCACCAACAAGUUUUGCAGAGAGCCUAUUUCGAUAGAAUCCGAUUCAAUAAAGAGGAAAGACUUGUGCGUGUUUUCGACUCGGAAAGCGGACAGAUUGCGCUAGGCUACCUAGGCGUCCAGCUACCUGAUACCGACCGUGUGUUUCAUUGUCUACCCAACCAACAAAAAAGUGACGGAUCGGUGUGUAUGGAAUGGCUGAACCACGCCAGGCUCUACCUGAACUACAGGGAGAGUGCCGGUCUGCGCUGUUAUCACAUCACAUGGACGAGUCUGCAGCCAGCUGAGUUCCCCACUGACUGCUACGAGGACGGAGGCGAUUACGGCCAUUGGUACGGCGGCGGACGCACACUGGGCAUGGCCUGGCCGGUGGAGUUGGGCCGUGUGGAGAUGUCGGCCUUUGUGACAGGCCACGUGGGCCGACACCGGUGGGGGUCAGUGCUCAAACGCUACUUCAUCAACUCACGUGGGGUGGCCAUUGCAGUCGACGCCAACACGCCGCUCUAUGUCUCCAUCAAUGACGACGAGAAGACUAGGCUCUGUCUGCAGGCACGUUACGACGACUUCGCCUACAUACGGCCGUCUGCAGACAGUUUGGCCGUACUCAACUAUUCGGUGUGCACGUCAUCCAACAUGAAGCAGCUCCAUUCGUCGCUGUCGGAGAAGUCGCUGUGGGACGGACUGAAACGGAGCGACGUCGAAGUAGUACACUCCCUGCUCACCGAGCCUGUCUGGCAAAUAGCGCCACUGUCGCCAUCUCUGCUCACUGAACAGGCGGUCAUCAACUACACUGAAGCUGUAAUCGGCCUUGGAUUUCUCAGACAGGGUCACGUGCUGCUGAACGAGUUCUGGCAAACGGAGGUUGGUGAUUUCACAGUUGAUGAGGAACGAUUCCCCACCAUGGAGAAAACGAUAGACAUCUUUCAUCGGAGAGGAUUCCGUAUUGCACUCUCCAUCCAGCCCUACAUAUCGACCGAAUCCAUCAAUUUCGCCCCAGCAGUGCGCCAGGGUCUUCUGGUGACAGAACGAGGUCGUAAGCACAGGCGAGUGCCGGCGUUGACCAGCUACAAGUCGGUGGCCAGUGCGGGGAUGUUGGACAUCACCAACAACCAAAGCACUCCCUGGCUGCUCGACAAGCUCAACCAACUCAGGCAAAACUAUCACAUCGACUCCUUCUACCUCGAUCUGGGCACAGCACACGACAUGCCGCAGUACUACCGGAUGGAGCGCAACCUGACCAACCCUGACCACUACAAGCAGCUGUUGACGGCGGCCAUCUUGAGUGGGCAACUCAGUGUGCUGGGGGUGUCGGGGGCAGUGGCUCGCCCCCCCGCACCCGUCUUUGUCAGCCUGCCCUCGUUGCCAUCUACCUGGGAGUCUUUGCAGGUGAUAAUUCCGACAGUGCUGACUUAUGGUAUUAUUGGGUAUCCAUUCCUGUUGCCUGGUCCUGUCGGGGGUGAUUAUCUCAUUGAAUCGCCUUUCCGAGACAGUCUAAUCAAAGGAAACCUGACGGCGGAGUUCAGCCAACCGGAUACAAGCCGGCCGGAGCAGAGCAGCUUCCUCCCUGUGAAGGAGCUCUACAUCCGCUGGCUGCAGCUGGCCACCUUCCUGCCCGUCAUCCGCUACUCCCAUCUGCCCUCCGACUACGUCGACAGUCCCGAUGUCCUGGCACAGGCCAAACAGCUCACAGCCCUCAGGCAGAAGAUUAUCAACCCGUUGCUGAAGAAGUACGCGGAGGAGGCGUUGGACUGGGGUGCGCCGCUGAUCCGCCCGCUGUGGAUGCUCGACCCGUCCGACUCGGCGUGCCACUUGGUUGUUGACGAGUUCUCCCUCGGAGACGAGCUGCUAGUAGCGCCCAUUCUCAGUCCUCAGCAGCACGAGCGCGAGGUCUACCUGCCGGCCGGCGUCUGGAAGGACGGCAUCGACGGGAGUCUGCGGAAAGGCUCCAGGUGGAUUCACAACUACAAGGUCCCGCUCGAGAAGAUUGCUCAUUUCCUCAAGAUGCCCGACAAUACACGCUUCUAGAUGUCAGGCAACACAGUACUAACCGAAAAGAUACACAAGGAGCUCUAAUGUAUCCUUCCAUAAGCAACAGAUGCUCUUUUGUAUCUUCUCGAAAACAAUGUGUUGCAUCCGAGAAGAUACACAAUGGGCCAUAUGAAUAA